CCCAGUGGCGCAGGAAGAUGGGGGGGACGAGAAGAAUGAGGGAACCGUCACGCGCGCGGACGGACGGACGCCUCAAACCGUCAAAAGCUGCACGGACGCGCACUGCCCUUCAAACACGCCGACACGUUUAAGAGCUACGCUUCAACAACAACCGGGUUUGUGCUGAAAAACGGAGAAAAAUACGGGAAAAGAGAGAGAGAGCGAGAGAAACAGCAGCGACGGACGAUAGACGGAUGCGCAAGAUGGUGUUUCUAACCUAAUGUUGACAUUUUCCGAGCUUUGACUGUCAGCGGCGUCCGGUGUGUAACGACAUCUGAGCCUCUCUGAUCGUUACAUGUGUGUCCCCGUUAAGAACCGCGAACGCGCGGAAAUUCAGGAAGCAAACGGCCUCAUAAAUGAUUCCCGUGUUUCUCCUGUCAGGUGUGAUGACGGACACGUUUGAUCUGGAAGCAUGGGGAUCAAGCUCAGUGGAAAGGGUCAAAGAAGCCACAGUUUGGCCAUCUUUGUUGCCAUCCUCAUUCUGAUGAUGCUCCUCAUUCUUUACGGCUCCAACAACAGCCCGGAAGCCAUCUACCCUCCCUUCCAUGUGGCAGAAAACCACGCCCUCAAAACCACUGACCUCAAAAGGUGGAGUGGGAAGGACGACUAUGUGCCACUCUACGGAAACAAAACUCUCAGCCUUCACUGUCACAACUGUGCUCUGAUAACGAGCUCCAGCCACGUCCUCGGCACUCAAGCAGGAAAUGAGAUCGACCAAACCGAGUGCGUCAUUCGCAUGAACGACGCCCCCACCUCGGGGUACGGCUCUGAUGUCGGGAACCGGACCACGCUGAGGGUCGUCGCUCACGCCAGCGUGUUCAGGGUGGUCCGAAGGCCCAACGAUUUCCUUCAGAACCUGGGGAGUAACUCCACCAUCAUCUUCUGGGGACCGCCGAAUAAGAUCGGGAAGGACGCCAAAGGGACGCUCUACCGGCUGAUCCAGAGGGUCAGCAUGACUUACAGAAACUUGACUUUUUUCAGCAUUUCGCCAAACAAGAUGCGCAAAUUUGAUCAUCUGUUUCAAAGAGAGACAGGACGAGAUCGGCAAAAAUCUCAUUCAUGGUUGAGCACUGGCUGGUUCACAAUGGUCAUCGCCGUUGAACUAUGUGACAACAUCAAAGUAUACGGGAUGGUUCCGCCCAAUUAUUGUGGAAAAAACAACGGAGCUAAGAAAUUGCCGUACCACUACUACAAACCAAGAGGGGGUGACGAAUGCGUGAUGUACAUACAGAACGAGGGCGGCCGACGAGGAAACCACCAUCGCUUUAUCACAGAGAAACAGGUGUUUGCACGCUGGGCCAAGCAGUACAACAUCACAUUUACGCAUCCCAAAUGGUGAGAGGAGGAACACCAGGACUAGAGGCGGAGCCUGACGCUCUAUCAGAGCUAAACAAGUUGUGGGUGAUUUUCAAAGAUUAGAAAACGUUAAAAAAUAUCUACAAAAAGGGAUUUUAAGAAGGCGGAAGGAUGUUGGAUCUUGCGCCAGUUUUUGUUUUUGCUGCGUUGUGGGAGCUGUUAGACAAAACAGUUUUGUAAAUAGAAAAAUAAAUUUUAAGAAUUUUCUACAUAUUUAUAUUAUUUUUUAUGAUGUAUGGACACAUAAUCGGUAUAUUAUAUCAGCAAGUACCUUUAAUAGGAUGUUAAGUGGCCUAUGAAUGCUUAUUAAUGUAGUUUUUAAUUUGUAAGCACUCCAUAGCAAAGAUCCCAUGAUCCUACAGCCUGAGCCAGAAUCCAUACGAUGUCUAGGUGUUGAUUUGGGGAGCCCCCCCUCCCCAAAAGACACAGCAGCCGACCUUAUAAAAGACAUACAGCCGCUCAUAGACGAUCUCUUAUUUCUGUGGUCCAAGUUUGUUCCUAGUGUUUCUCAUUAUUGUGACAGUCCCCUACUUCCUGUUCUUUUAAUUCUACUUCCUGUGUUCCAUCCUCUUCUUUUCAUUGGCUGUUGAUGAAGCACAUUUGCUGCAGGAUCAGUGUUUGAGUCCAAUUGCAAUCAGCUGGUUUUCCUUGUUUUUGUGCCAAUGAGUUUUGCUAACAGCUAUUGCAGAACCCAGAAAAGGAUUGUGGGUAAAAUCCAGCAGAUGCACUGUAACGUACUCUGGGGCUAUGUCCAAAUUCCCUCGCUACUCCCUAGCUAAACCCUGACAGAUUUUGACAUGCGGGCCUAUAAAAAUGUGAUUUUAAAAGCAAUUCUAAUACAAUGCAAACUACUUUUUUUAAUACACCAAAUGAUGGUGUCACCAAUUUCUAAAAGUAAGAAGUAAAAAAAGCUCUACAGUGUCCUGAUGAUGAAAACUUGGAAUAUUUAUAAAAAUAAAUCAAAAUCUUUUUUUUUUUUUCAAAUGACAAAUCAUUCAAGCACAAUGCAUUGUGGUCUAUAUUUGCCAGUCUAGUGACUAUUGAUGUACACAAGUUUUUCGCAUAGACUUCUGGGAAAUUUCCAGAGCGCUGAAUUUCAGAAUUGUUAAUUCAGACACUCAGACAAAAUAGCAAAUGCCCAAAAUAGUGAUUAGUGAGGGAAUUUGGAUUUAAUUUAACCCCUUCUUUUCUGCAAUUAUUUACAAUAAUAUAAAAAGUAUGUUUUGUUGUUAUUUAGCAACAUUCAGCGUGAAGGGGUUAAAAGCAAAAGUUGUUUCUUGGUGCCAUAAACUGUAGUCCAUCAGUGUCUAAAACUCUUAAGUUGGAGGCAAAAGUAUAUUUUGUUUGAUACCGUGUUGCCUUUUACAUUUACGUGUCGCACAUGCCAACAGUCUACUGCUGUGAUUUCGUUUGUGCUGAACAGAAAAAACCGUGGUGACUGUAGGACUCCAUUAUCACUAUAAAGUAACUAUUUUUGUGGAUUUAAAAGCCGAGAAUAAUGACAGAUAUACACAUUUCAUAGCUGUGAAGCAUAACUGACUCUCCUGUCAGUGAAACGCAGUUAGAAGCUCAAAACACAAAGCUAGCUGUAAUGUUUUAUAAUGAAGGAUCUGCAUGGCUGUUGUAUAAAAGAUGCCUCUCUGUUAAUUGCCACACAAUGAUUCACAUUACCUCGACACAAAUUGUACUUUGUACUAUCAGAUGCAUGCAACUGGAAUGAGACUGCAUCAUGAAGACAAUCAGAUGUUAUUAUUAUUAUUAUAAUCAGUCUGGAAGAAGCAGCAGAAGCUUUUCAACUAACCAACCCAGAAAAAUGAAACUUUAAAUUCAGAAUCUCCACGUUACGUUUGUUCUCUUUGUGCUGCAUUUAAGAUUUCUGUGCUGGUUAUUUAAAAACAUGAAGUUUAAAGCAUGUGGGUUUGUAUUUGAAAGCAUACACUUUGUGCAGAUAUGUAGAAACAGAGGGAAUGUUAAUCAACAGCAUUGAUCAUUUAUCAACCGAGUGCUUUAAAAACAAGAUGAUGUUCCAAAGUGCAUAUAUGAAUAAUAAAUUACUCCAACGAAAUA